CGCGCCCGCACUCACACGCACAGACCCGCCGCGCGGCCAGGCCACCGGCCAGCCUCUCUGCUUCUGCCCCCCCUCUUCUCUUUCCUUUUCCUUCCUUUAAAACUCACUUCACCUCUAAAAACUUACGUUAACACCGUAAAACACGGUGAAACGCCCCCCGCGCCCCCGGUCAGGAGCAGGAGCGGCGGCCACCGUGCCCGACAACCGGAUUACCGAGUUUCAGCGAGUGUCUCCUGCCGGACCUGCCGUGAUUCACCGCCCAGCAGCGGGCCAGCAGCGGGCCAGCAGCGGGCCAGCAGCGGGCCUCAGCUCUCCGUCGUCCCGGUUCAUUUUUAAACUCUUUGUACCGACCGGCUCGUUUACCGGACGGUGACGUCAGCCCCGAGAAAAGCCGAGAAUCGUCCGCCGGAGGAGGCACGUCAGAACAGGACCAGGACCAGGGUGGUCUCACCGGCUGAACUCUCUGGCCCCCGUUUGUGUGUCGCUUUGUUUGGUCCCUGAACCGUGACAUGGGGACCGUGUAACCGGAUCGACGCGUGGCUUCCACGAGACGUUUCUUCCGGUCCGGUCCAGGUGGGGUGGGCGGAGCUGAGUGAUGGCGGGCGCGUCAGUGAAGGUGGCGGUGCGGGUCCGCCCGUUCAACUCGCGAGAGACAGGACGCAACGCCAAGUGUGUGAUCCAGAUGCAGGGAAACACCACCUGUAUCUCCAACCCCAAGCAGCCCAAAGACGGAGCCAAGAACUUCACUUUCGACUAUUCCUACUGGUCCCACACAACGGUGGAUGACCCCACCUUUGCAUGUCAGAGGCAGGUGUAUAAAGACAUCGGAGAGGAGAUGCUGCUGCACGCCUUCGAAGGAUACAACGUAUGUAUUUUUGCUUAUGGACAGACGGGUGCAGGAAAGAGCUACACCAUGAUGGGCAAACAGGAGCCUGGACAGGAAGGAAUCAUACCACAGCUUUGUGAGGACUUGUUUCAGAGGACAGGACAGAACACUGAUCCCGACCUGACCUACUCGGUGGAGGUGUCCUACAUGGAGAUCUACUGCGAGCGGGUCCGAGAUCUGUUAAACCCAAAGUCCCAGGGGACUUUGCGGGUCCGGGAGCAUCCCAUCCUGGGUCCCUACGUGGAGGAUCUGUCCAAACUGGCUGUGACUGGAUUCACCGACAUCCGGGACCUGAUGGAUGCCGGCAACAAAGCUCGGACGGUUGCGGCCACAAACAUGAAUGAGACAUCAUCCAGGUCACACGCCGUCUUCACCAUCGUCUUCACCCAAAAACGCCGAGACCAGAUGACCAGCCUGGAUACUGAGAAGGUCAGCAAGAUCAGCCUGGUCGACCUGGCUGGAAGCGAGCGGGCGGAUUCCUCCGGGGCAAAGGGCACUCGACUCAAGGAAGGAGCAAACAUCAAUAAAUCUCUGACCACGUUGGGAAAAGUGAUAUCAGCUUUGGCCGAAAUGCAGAGCAAUAAGAAGAGGAAGAGUGACUUCAUCCCCUACAGAGACUCUGUUCUCACCUGGCUGCUGAAGGAGAACCUGGGAGGAAACUCUCGGACGGCCAUGAUUGCUGCUCUCAGUCCUGCUGACAUCAACUAUGAAGAAACACUGAGCACCCUGAGGUAUGCUGACCGCGCCAAACAGAUCCGCUGUAACGCCGUGAUCAAUGAAGAUCCAAACGCCAAACUGAUCAGAGAGCUGAAGGCCGAAGUGGAGCGACUGAGAAACCUGCUGUUCUCCCAGGGCCUGCAGGAGCUGCUGGACCACUCAGUCAACAACAAUGGCUCCGGUGGUGUUGCAGGUGCCCCCCCCUCCCCACUGCAGCUGGCACUUACAGCUAACGGGGUCUCACCUGAGAAUGGCUCCGCCCCUCCAGGUGCGGAGUCGGCGUCCGCGGGCGACGUCCCCGCUGACCCCGACCACCUGAUCGAGGACGGCGAGGAAGGAGAGGAGGCGGACGCCACGGAGCCCAUCAGUAAAGAGGAGGCGGCCGAGCGGCUGCUGGAGACGGAGAAAAUAAUCGCCGAGCUAAACGAGACGUGGGAAGAGAAGCUGAGAAAGACGGAGUCCAUUCGGCUCGAGAGAGAGUCCCUGCUGGCAGAGAUGGGCGUGUCCAUCAAAGAAGAUGGAGGAACGCUGGGCGUCUUCUCUCCUAAAGGGACGCCUCACCUGGUCAACCUGAACGAAGAUCCUCUGAUGUCAGAGUGUCUCCUCUACUACAUCAAGGAGGGAUUCACCAGGGUUGGACAGCAGGAUGUGGACAUUAAGCUGUCCGGUCACUUCAUUAAAGAGAUUCACUGUGUGUUUGUCAGUGAGACCAACGACCAGGGGGAAGUGGUCGUGACUCUGGAGCCGUUAAUCGGAGCGGAGACGUACGUCAACGGGAAGCAGAUCACCGACGCCGUCGUCCUCAAACAAGGUAACCGCAUCGUGAUGGGGAAGAACCACGUGUUCCGGUUCAACCACCCGGAGCAGGCGAGGCUGGAGAGAGAGCGCAGCGUCACGGCCGAACAGCAGGGGGAGCCGGAGGACUGGAACUACGCUCAGAGGGAACUGCUGGAGAAGCAGGGCAUCGACAUCAAACUGGAGAUGGAGAAGAGACUACAGGACAUGGAGAUUCAGUACCGUAAAGAGAAGGAGGAGGCUGAUCUGCUGCUGGAGCAACACAGACUGUAUGCAGACAGUGACAGUGGUGACGACUCAGACAAACGCUCCUGUGAGGAGAGCUGGAGGCUGAUCUCCUCCCUGAGGGAGAAACUACCUGCCAACAAGGUGCAGUCCAUAGUGAAGCGCUGUGGUCUCCCCAGCAGCGGGAAGAGGAGGGAGCCUCUCCGAGUUUACCAGAUCCCUCAGAGGAGGAGGAUCAGCAAAGACCCCAAACGGGUCACCAUGGAGGACCUCCGCAUGCAGGCCGUCAAAGAGAUCUGCUAUGAGGUGGCUCUGGGAGACUUCCGUCACUCCCGUCAGGAGAUCGAGGCGCUGUCCAUCGUCAAGAUGAAGGAACUCUGCCGCAUGUACGCCAAGAAAGACUCCAACGAGAGGGAGAGCUGGAGGGCCGUGGCCCAGGACGUCUGCGACACCGUGGGCAUCGGAGAGGAGAGGAGCCCCCCCACGGAGGAGGGAGCAGGAGGAGCAGGAGGAGCAGGAGGAGGAGAGACAGUGGAGGGAGGAGAGAAGAAAAACGUGUAUGACCUGAAGGCUCACAUCGACAAACUGACUGAUAUUUUAGAGGAGGUGAAGCUGCAGAACAACAUGAAGGACGAGGAGAUCAAAGCUCUGAGAGACAGGAUGAUCAAGAUGGAGAGCAUCAUACCUGUUCAGGACGAUGAUGUGAACAGUGAAGAGAGCGAGUCACCACAGAGGGACGGGGACGGGGACGGGGGCGGGGACGGGGACAGCCCCGUCCUGCCGGAUCACCGAGUUAAGCGACUGAUGGACGAGGACCCGGCGUUCAGGAGAGGGCGCCUCCGCUGGCUGAAACAGGAACAGCAGCGAAUCCUGAACCUGCAGCAGCAGAACAUCACCAAGAAGCUACGAGGACAGAACCAGAACCAGAACCAGGGUCAGAACUCCCCCGUUGUCCCCGUUCAUCUCCCUGGGACCGGCCGCUUCAUCCCUCCCCAGGAGUGCAAGCUCAAGUUCCCCUUCAAGAGUAAUCCCGCCCACCGGUUGUCAUGGGGACCAGCCAGCGCCGCCCUGCAGGCUCUGGGUCUGGGGGAGGGAGGAGGAGAUGGAGGAGAGCAGCGGGAGGAUGGAGGAGGGGUAGUGGAGGGUAAAGUUUCUCCCUCACCUCCUCCUCAGGUUCAGUCCCCUGCUCUCUUGCCCCUCCCUUUCCAGCCUCCGCCCCCUCGCAUGCGCACCCCCAGCCCUCAUCGCGCCUGGCAACAGCGUAACCAGGGCGGCUCUUACUACCACCACCAGGGCGGCAACCAAAACCAUCAGCGCCGCUAUCGCCGCAACUCUCUGGACAGCGCCGCUCAUGGCAAUGGUAACUACGACCAGCAUCAUGGCGGUGGGGGUCACCAGGGGCGACCGAGACAGAGGAGGGGGGUGUCGCCCGGGCCAGGAGGAGAGAGAGGCGGGGGGAGGGGAGGAGGAGGAGGAGGAGGAGGGAGGGACAGAGACGGAGGCUUCCAUUAUAAUCAGCACCAGCAUCAUCAGUACCAUCACCAUCCCUACUACAACCCCCACAAUGCACCAUUCCAGCCAGUACCUCACCCCAACUACCACAGCCUGCCGCGCUCUGGGGUCCCGCCCCCUCCUGCAGACAUGCUGCUGGGGGCGGGGCCACCGCCUGUCGGGUGGGGCUUCACCACCCCGCCCAGAAUGAGACGACAGUUCAGUGCACCGGACCUCAAAAACAACAAGGAGACCCCCAUCUGACCUCUGACACCAGGGAGGUCUCUGAUUGGCUGCAGGACACAGGGCAGUCCUGGUGCUGUACAGAAGAGUGUGUGUGUGUGUGUGUGUGUGUGUGUGUGUGUGUGUGUGUGUGUGUGUGUGUGUGUGUGUGUUACAGUACUGUGCCAGCAUGUCCCACAUCAGCUAACAUCACACACAUCCUGCAUCUUCAGUCCUGUUGUGUGUGUGUGUGUGUGUGUGUGUGUGUGUGUGUGUGUGGCUUGCUCCUAUCCUUAACAUUAGUUUGGGUUAGCUGUUGCCAUAGCGACACUGUUUGAAGAGAAGCGGAUUCUUUGAUUAUUUUUUUUUUGCAGUUUGUCAAGCUGUCAAACAGGAUGAAAGUUUAUUACAUUUAGUUUUAUUGAUUUUAUUGAUCGCUGAUAUUCUGGUCUUGAUCAGUAGUUUAUAACGAGGUGCCUUGAAGCUGAAGUGUUAGCUCCUGGAGCUAGUUCCUGCUAGCAGAAGUCUCCUAUUGAAGCUGUUUUUUUUACUUAAGAUUAAGUACGUUGGGUUGUUUUUCGGGCAGAAUGGGUGUUUGUACCUAAAUGGACUUGAGUUUUAGCUCCUCUGUUUUAGCCGCCGUUAGCCCAGGAGGCUAACUAGCCUGGUUCAGCCUGAGUUGUUAGCUUGGGCUAGUCAGAAAGCUAGAACAGGGAGCAAUGAGUGGCUUUUUAGCUUUUCAGGCCAACACGUUAUGUGGUGAAACGCUACACAGGCAAGUUUUGCACAGGUGAAAGUAUUAGCCUAGCCUAGCCUAGCCUGGCCAAACCAGGGCAGCAUUCAUGUCUUAUGGGAAUGACAGUUAGUACGACUUCAGUCAGAGCUUGGAGGUGUUUUCCACACUGAACUCAGGUUAACCAGUUUAUUUCAAAGCAGUUCUUGUAUUUGACAGAACUGAGCAGACAGUUAGUGAGAGGCUAAACGGCUGCAGCUCUCGACACACAGUCAGGAUGAAAGUAAAUGAGCUCAAACAUGUCUGCGGUGCGGCUCGUUUGACCAAACUGAGCUGAUUCACGGCGUAGAUAUACUUCUGUUAGCUGCCUCCUCCACGUAAACUGGUCAUAUCAAGCAGCUGAGAGCUGAUCUUCACUCUGAGCUUGAAGCUCGUAGUUUCCGUCUCUCCCGCGUGACUUGAACGCUGCGCCGCUGAGUGCUACGAACCAAAGAAAGCUGCUCUGUGGCGCCUCCUGCUGGAGGGCUGACAGACACACUGCUGUACAGACAGACAGAUGUCAGUACUGACGAUCAUUGUUUUCGAGGAAGAGGAGGAGGCGUUGAAUCUUUUUAAAGCGUUGUGUGUGUAUAUUCGAAGUGUAUCCGGACUUAUUUUGUCUCGAUGUUUUUAUGAAGAUGAAUCUAUAUUUUAAAGCCGGCUGCGACACAUGAAGCGUGCUCACCUUCACUGUGUCUGGCAAUCGUGGGAAAUGUAAGUGACACCUGAAGUGAUGCAUCUUGGGAGAUAUAGGAGUUUGACUGAUUUAACCGACACGGGAGCUGUAGGAAACGGGAACAUGAUGGAUUUUGGUACAUGUAGGGCCAUGUUAGCAAAGAACUCUGGGAAAUGUAGGGUGAGACUGAGGUGGGGGAUGAGAGAGGAAGAAAAGGUGAGACAGUUAAAGAAGUUCAAUCAGAGAUACAAUAAGCUUUGUGUGAGAAGUAGUAACGGACACUACGACAUGUUCUGAUUUGAAAGGAUCUGACGAUAUUUAGUCUUUCUUACGUUCAGAAGGGAUGAAGAAUAAACUGCUGCCUUCCUGAGACGUCUGGAAGUUGGAAAUUGUGGCCUUUUCCCAACUGAUGUUGCAUUUAAUGUCUCUUUUCAACAUAAUGACAGGUUUUUCUUGUGAGAAAUAUUUUUUCUUUCGUCAGCUUGGGCUGCAGCUAACGAUUAUUUUCACAAUGCAUGAACGGUUUGGACGUGAGACGUGUUCGAAUGGUCUUUGAACGCAGCCUAUGAGCAGUUCUUUUCGUUGCUGCGUUCACUGCACCUCUGAAAUGUAGGAAAUAGCGUUUCACACUUUCCACGUCGAAGUGAACGCAGCAUCAGAUGUGUGUGGUUGGGCGCAGGCUCUGUGUUUUGUCUGAAUGAUGACACGUUUCCUGUCGGGAGGAGCUGGGAGUUAGCGGCACCGCCUAAACCCCGCCAACACACAGCAAGGCAUUCUGGGAGAUGACGAGUGGAGCGUCUUUGCGCUCCGUGACUGUAAGACCUUUUCACAAAAGGUCAGAACCAACCAAUGGGAGCGCUCCCUCUGGUCGCACAGCGGGAGGGAGUCGCCACGACGAUGAUGACAAAAACACAAGAAUUGGUUGCGAUUGGCCAGAGAAGCAUGACAUCAGCAGAGUCUGGUUUCUGCCUUGUUUUGCUCUGCUGUCUCUGGAAUCGACCAAUCACGGGACAAUCUUGAUGACCUGCUGCCACCGCCGGGCUUGAUGGGAAACGAUGUUUCCUUUUUCUUUGGUUUUUUUUUCCUCUUUUUUAAAACUUUUUUUAUGUCCAGCUUGGGCUUCUGAUUGGCUGUUUUUUUUUUCUUUUCUUUUUGUAUUCAUUUGCUUCAUGUCCUGAAUAUUUUAACCCCGCCUACAUGUUCGACCUUUGCUUUGUGAUGUCAUCACGUCAUCAUCGCUACUAUUAAUGUUAUAAUUUUAAAGUUCAUUCAAGUGUCAUUAAUAUUGUGUUCUGUUGGAUGCUGCUAAAGGGAGCUUCUUCGCCCUCAUGCAACUGUGUGUGUGCGUGUGUGUGUGUGUGUCUCUGUGUCUGUUGAAGUGUGUUGUGUGUGUUGUAUGUGUGUGUAUGUGUGUGUGUGUGUUUCUGGGUUAACUUAGAAUCAUAAUCUAAAGUUUGUUUUACUUUAUAAAGCUGAUUUUAUUGUUUUUCUUCUCAUAGUCUGUUCAGUUUUGUUGUUUUGGAGGUUUGAGGAAGAGGAGGAGGGGCCUCGGGAAGCCCAAUAUCAGAACAUUCUAGAACCCUCACCGACUGACCCCGCCCAUUCCCUGUACCUCUGCCCCAAUCACAACCUCAGAAUCUGUGACAUCACAGCAUGACGCUUCAGGACUCUGGAACAGACAGGAUGACAUCAUGGUGUAGCCCUCCUCCUAUUGGCUCAGAGCCCCUCAGUGUUCUUUCUGUCUGUGAUGAGUUGUUGUGUCUGUUGUUGUUUUCGUUGUAUCAGGAACCAAUCUCAGGCUCUACCUGCAGACAACAUGAUGGCAAUAAACUGUCAGUCAGAAUGAGAACCCGACUCACCUGCUUCACUGUGUCCCUGC